UUGAACCCGUGCCCUCAGCAGUGAAAGCCAGAGUCCUAACCACUGGACCUCCAGGGAAUUCCCUGAAAUAGUAUUUUUAGCUUCUGGGAGCAUGCCAAUCUUCACCGAGUCCGAAACAAUAUGUCUCCAAACACUUGGGUGAUCAGCUGCAGAGAGCAUUUGGCAAAAAUAGGAUCAAGAUCCCUUUAAAAGCGGGGCGAAGCUCACCUGGAUAUAUCUUUUCCCAACUCCCCUCCUGGCAGAGCUAAUCCUUUCCAGCAAGAAGCCCAGUCUCCUCAAUGUGUGGAUCUGUUGGGACUACAUUACCCAGAAUGCUCAGUAUCGAGCGGCAGGAACGCUACCCAAUGAACGCUUAGAGACAGGAGGCCACAUGAUGUGAGGGCGGAACUUUUGGCUUCCUUUUCACAGCGGCCAUGUUAGCUACUUGGUUUUGUCUGACCAGUGUGAGAGAUUUGGGAAUUGUGGGUCCACCUCGAGGUGACGGAAUUGAGAAGGUCCGAGAGGAGGGGCUGUCUCCGCGGCAUAGAGGCGGGUCUGAAGUUCGGCGACACCGCCCGGGGGCCCCGCUCCAGGCCCAGGAGAGGGCCCGCCGUGCCUGCGUCCCACCUCUCCCGGCCCCACUCUGCCCACAGAGUCCGAUGGCGGCGGCGGCGCUGAGGAACCUGCGUCAGAGGCGCUUUUUGGAAACAACACCGCCAAGUGGAGUGUGCCCCAUUCCCUCACUGGCCCUGACCUCCACCCACAUGUUCUCUGGAUUGUGGUUUCUUGCGACUCGUAAGUGCCGUGCCCCCAGUUUGGGGUCUGGAAGCCAUGGAGAAACCCUAAGGCUAGGGUUAUUUGAAGGUGUUUCCGUUUCUGGCAACCAUUGUAAACAGGGCAGUGUGACCUUUGAGGAUGUGGCCGUGUACUUCUCCUGGGAGGAAUGGGAUCUCCUUGAUGAUGCUCAGAGAUGCCUGUACCACAACGUGAUGCUGGAGAACUUGGCACUUAUAACUUCCUUGGGUUGUUGGCAUGGAGCAGAGCAUGAAGAGGCACCUCCUGAACAGAGCAUUUCUGUACAUAGAAGGUCACAGGCGAUAUUUCAUCGUGCUCAGCACUGUUGAGGGAAAUCUGUUCCCCAGGUCCUGCAGCGGAACUGUGUGCCCUGAUGUCCUGAAUUCUGUAGGGUAACAUCAAUGAUUUUAAGAUUAAAGGGGCCAGGGAAGUGAUAAUUGUUACAGAAACACUGGAUUAAUAGAGAUUGGAGGAGACUACAACAUAAUGGUUAGAAUGUGCCUCUUUUAAAAGGUCGCUCACUACAUUUAGUCACUAUGGUUGUGAAGGAUGAGCAGGUACAGAAAUUCUCAGGACGUCCAGAACUGUAUAUCUUGUGUAGCUGAAGGCCUUGUCAGAGAAAAUAAUCAAAACGUUUUUGUGGAUUCCUGUGGCUUCUCUGGGCUGUUCACCUGAGGCCAUUGCUGUGCAAACAGGAAAACAAGGAUAGAGAGAAGAGAGAUUCUUAGUCUAGUGAUGUGGUAUUUUUGACCCAUCCAGUGUCCCUGUUGAAUGAAGUGGAAAUAGUCUUUGUUUCCACUUCAAAACUUUCUCACCUAUUUUUUUUUUUAUUAUUUAUUUAUUUAUUUAUUUUUGGCUGUGUUGGGUCUUCGUUUCUGU